GUGUUCUUUUUGUUUAUAUUUUAAAUCGUACUUUUAAAUCAGGAUUUAGACUGGCAAAUGUUAAGCAGUUUGUUUACCGAUGUAUUAAAUAUUAAUCAUGUCAGUGGUAAAGGAAGCACUUAAAGAUGAUGAAGCUUCAUUUUCAAAAGAAAAUAAUGAGUUUUCUACUGAAAGUGGAUCUCAGAUUACAGAAUUAAGCAUGAAAAAUAUCCAUCAAGAAACUCCAGAGAAUUAUGUGAGUGGUUUUACUUGUCAUACAGUGUGUGAUUUUCCUGGAGAAGAAGAAGGAGAUCUUGCUUUUGCUGAAGGAGAAAUAUUAACUGUACUUGGAAUAAGGGAUGAUGGUUGGUGGGAAGCAGAAAAUGCAGAUGGAAAAAGAGGGCUUGUGCCAUCAAAUUUUUUAAGUGUUCCAGAACCAAGGAAAACUUUGAUAGAGAGUCUUUUGCAAAGUGAUAAAUCUCAGAGGACCUCUUUUUGGAAACAUCUAAGAAGUACUGACAGAGAAGCUCAAGCUCUUGAAGCAGCUCUUAAGAAUUCUGGUGCCUAUCCUAUUGGUUUCUGUUAUUCAGUUCUUGCUCAUUUGCUCAAAACAGAUUCGAAUUUUACUAUGGAAUCUGCAUUUAGACCCAAAUUAAAUGACACAGGACUUGCAUUUGAAGAUUUCUUUUGGGAUACUCCUCCUAGGAAUUUGGCAAUAAGACACACUGUGCUUCAGAAAAUAAUUCAUUUAGUUGCCAUACGACAAGUUAUUCGUCCACCUCCAGUGCUCAAGAAAGCCUUAUUACUUGCAUGA